GUUGCAUUCAGAUACCAAAAGAAGUAACGCGGCGGCACGAACGAAAUGUUUUCUUAAUUGCUCGAAUUCCGCGUUUUCAUCGGCUUCUGUUCUUCAUUCUCUGCUGCUCGCACUCUUCCUCCUUUGGAUCGAGGAAGCAUGGCGUUCCGGAUGGCACCAUUCGGCAUUUUAGUUGCUGAACAGAGUAAAAGCACUUUUCUAGAACUGCAGAGAAAGAAAGCGCAUCGAUAUGUAAUAUUUAAGAUUGAUGAAAAGAAUAAAGAAGUUAUUGUUGAGAAGACUGGAGCUCAAGGAGAGAGCUAUGAUGAUUUCACUGCCGCGAUACCUGAGAAUGAUUGUCGCUAUGCUGUGUAUGAUUAUGAUUUUGUGACUGAAGACAACUGCCGUAAGAGCAAGAUAUUUUUCAUUGCAUGGGCACCCUCCACAUCUCGCAUACGUGCAAAGAUGCUUUACGCGACAUCAAAGGACCGAUUCAGGCACGAGCUCGAUGGCAUUCACUAUGAGAUCCAAGCCACCGACCCCACAGAAAUGGAUCUGGAAGUUCUUAGAGAUCGCGCCAACUGAAGCCUAAUUUGAAGCAGCCAAAGGAUUUUAACAGAUCCUUUCCAUUUAGCAGCUCAAGUAUCUACCAGAAAGAAUUGUAUUAAACCAAUGCUUCAAGCUAAUGUUACUAUUGGGAUACUAUCUCAAACUUGUGAUAUUCUUAGGGAUAUGCUUAAAAGUAUGUGUUGUUACCUUAGCCAUUGAUCAUAAUCUAGUCUGUAUUAGAAGCUUUUACAGAAAGGUCUAAAAUUAGAGGACAACACUAAUUCUUUUGCUUA